GAUCAUCAUCCAUCUGGUAGUCUACAACUCUCAUGGCACGAAACAUGAAUAUAUCUUUCCUGGGCACAUCCAGCGGUGGUGGCCCCUCAAUUUCUCGAAACUGUUCUAGUCUUGUCGCAGACGUUAUAGGCGACGGCUCGCUAUGGAUGGUAGACUGUGCAGAAGGGACAGUGCGUCAAUUUCAGAUGCAGCCUCGCGGUCAAGGGGACCCAGUCCUUAAGGCAUUCAAAGUGGCCAAGCUAUUUGUCACCCAUAUGCAUGCCGACCAUGUAAUGGGGAUAAUCACUCUCCUUAGAAAUGUUCUUCAUCCGCCACUAACAGGCGCUACAGGCGACCUUCCACCCUCAGACAGUCCCCCUCAGAUCGAGCUCUACGGUCCUGCUGGCCUCCGUAAAUUUGUUCGCUCAAUAUUUACUAUGACCCUCACCCACACAGGGGAGCGCUAUGUAGUUCAUGAACUACUGACAUCCAACGACACUCCCACUUCAUGUGAUCCUGCCGUGCUUCAUCCGAGCGAAUGCCCUGGUCAAGAUUUCCUCUGUGAUGACCAUGGAUUCUGGAGAUGUGUCACAAGUGGCGCAGGUUAUUGGGGUGAGGUUGUAGUUGAUGCGGGACCGAUACUGCAUCGAGACCCCUGCAUAGGUUAUAUCUUCCACGAGCCUAACCCUCCGCAUCGCAAGCUUGUCAUUUUGGGUGACACAUACGAUGCUUCACCAAUUAUUCCGCUUAUACAGCCAUCCCCGACUACGCCUGUGUCACUCCUCAUUCAUGAAGCAACGGAUACGUUUAUUUCUCGACAUAUCGACCCUUCAGCACGACGAACCAAAGACGAGGUGGAUAGCAAAGUCGCGGCAAGGGGUCACUCCACUCCAGUGAUGGCUGGCGCAUUUGCGAAACAAAUCGGAGCCCAGAGAGUCGUACUGAAUCAUAUUGGAAGCCGAUUUCCCGCGCCUAAACAACUCAAAAACCCUCAAGAUCCCCGUUUUGCCGUCAUCGCCGAAAUAAAGCGGCAAGCGAGCGAGGCGUGGGGAGAUGGCGAAGCUGUUGUCGCUUACGACUUCAUGCGUAUUUCUAUUCCUGCUGAGCCGAACGAAGAAGAAUCUGCGGAUGUGAUAAUGGAACUGGAGGAUGAUGUACUACUAGGAGAAGUGGUCGAGGUCGGUGAGUUGGCGCGAGGACGUGGGAGAGGAAGAGGGACUUUCAGAGGAACGAGCCGUGGGAGGUGGAGAGGUCAAUGGAGAGGUCGUGGUCGAGGUGGCGGCGGCGGCGAUGGAGAUGGAGAUAGAAGAAACGGCAAAAAACGCAAGUUUCAAUAAUAAGCUUCCACCGCACGCCUCCCACGCGGUUUUGACUUCUAGAGACUAAUUUGGAGGGGUAAGUUGUACCGUAGCCGUAAGUAAUCAUGAGUUGGCUCUUAAUCUACCGUUAGCAUGAUGGUACAUCACCGCAGGCAGGGGACUAGACAGUGUUGCGAGUUUCGCGACUGAGUACGUUUAUCCUCCUAUGCCAUGUCGAAUCGUUCCGAGUCGGGCCAUCGCAGCGGGUACAGGUACCGCUUGGCGUCUUAUCCUAUUUCUGAUUUAUACAUAGCUUUGGAUAUAAGAAGAUCGGAUCAACGGUAUAUUAUCAGAAGGUGUGCAAACA